AUGUCUAAGGGUAAAGUUUGUUUAGCUUAUUCUGGUGGUCUUGACACCUCCGUUAUUUUAGCUUGGUUAUUAGAUCAAGGUUAUGAAGUUGUCGCUUUUAUGGCAAAUGUCGGUCAAGAAGAAGAUUUUGAAGCUGCUAGAGAAAAGGCAUUAAAGAUUGGUGCUACCAAAUUCGUCUGUGUUGAUUGCCGUGAAGAAUUCGUUAAGGAUAUUUUAUUCCCAGCUGUUCAAGUGAACGCUAUUUAUGAAGAUGUUUACCUAUUGGGUACUUCUUUAGCUAGACCAGUCAUUGCUAAGGCUCAAAUCGAUGUUGCUGAACAAGAAGGUUGUUUUGCUGUCGCUCAUGGUUGUACUGGUAAGGGUAAUGAUCAAAUCAGAUUUGAAUUGUCCUUCUACGCUUUGAAACCAGAUGUCAAAGUUAUUGCCCCAUGGAGACUACCUGAAUUCUUUGAGAGAUUUGCUGGUAGAGCUGAUUUGAUUAAUUACGCCGCUGAAAAGGGUAUCCCAGUCACUCAAACCAAGGCUAAACCAUGGUCUACUGAUGAAAACCAAGCACACAUCUCUUACGAAGCUGGUAUCUUAGAAGAUCCUAACACCACACCACCAAAGGAUAUGUGGAAAUUAAUUGUGGAUCCAUUGGAUGCACCAGAUCAACCACAAGAUUUAACUAUUGAUUUCCAAAAGGGUCUUCCAGUUAAAGUACAAUUUAAAGAUAAUGCCACUGGCAAGGAUGUGGUGGCCACUUCUCCAUUGGAUAUCUUCUUAACUGUCUCAAAUGUUGCUAGAGCCAAUGGUGUUGGUAGAAUCGAUAUUGUGGAAAACCGUUAUAUUAACUUAAAGUCUAGAGGUUGUUACGAACAAGCUCCAUUAACUGUCUUAAGAAAGGCACACGUAGACUUAGAAGGUCUUGUUCUAGAUAAAGAAGUCCGUGCAUUAAGAGAUCAAUUCGUUACUCCUUCCUAUUCUAGACUUUUAUACAAUGGUUCUUACUUCACCCCAGAAUGUGAAUAUAUUAGAUCCAUGAUUCAACCAUCUCAAAAUACCGUCAACGGUACCGUUAGAGUUAGGCUAUAUAAGGGUAACGUCAUUAUCUUAGGUAGAUACUCUGAAACUGAAAACUUGUACGAUGCCACUGAAUCUUCCAUGGAUGAAUUAACUGGUUUCAUGCCAACUGAUACUACUGGUUUCAUUGCUAUCCAAGCAAUCAGAAUUAAGAAAUACGGUCAAGCUAAGAGAGACAAGGGUGAAAAAUUAACUUUGUAA